AUGAUAACUCCCCACUCCCACCGGAAGCCGACGACGUCUUCGACCACGCAACUCUUCUGUUUAUACCACUUUUGCUCCUAUCUAUCUAUCUAUCUAUCUAUCUAUCUAUCUAUCUUAGUCUCUUCAUCUAUCUAUCUAUCUAUCUAUCUAUCUAUCUAUCUAUCUCAUAUCUAUCUAUCUAUCUAUCUAUCUAUCUUAGCCUCUUCAUCUAUCUAUCUAUCUAUCUCAUAUGUCUAUAUCUAUCUAUCUAUCUAUCUAUCUAUCUAUCUUAGUAUGUUCAUAUCUUCAUCUAUCUAUUCAUCUAUCUAUCUAUCUAUCCAUCUAUUUAUCUAUCUAUCUAUCUUAUCUAUCUACUAUCAGUAUGUUCAUAUCUACUAUUAUUCACAUUCACCUGUUUUCUCUUCAUCUAUCUAUCUAUCUAUCUAUCUAUCUAUCUAUCUAUCUAUCUAUCUAUCUAUCUACUUCAGUAUGUUCAUAUCUACCUGUUUUAGUAUGUCUAUAUCUAUCUAUCUAUCUAUCUAUCGAUUUUACUAUAUUCAUAUCUAUCUAUCUAUCUAUCUAUCUAUCUAUCUGAGUAUGUUUAUUAUCUAUCUAGCUAUCUUAGUAUGUUCAUAUUUAUCUAUCUUUUUUAGUAUGUUCAUGUCUAUCUAUUUAGCUCAGUCAGUUAUCUAUCUAUCUAUCUAUCUAUCUAUCUAUCUAUCUAUCUAUCUAUCUAUCUAUCUCAGUUUGUUCAUUUAUCUAUCUACCACAGUCUGUUCAUUAUCUAUCUUCCUCAGUCUGUCAUUAUCUAUCUCAGUAUGUUCAUUAUCUAUCCAUCUAUCUAUCUACUCACCCAAAAGUACAAAGGAAUACAGGUAG